AUGGCCCUCUCGGGGGCCCCCAUGGCCUCCUCGGGGGCCCCCACGGGGGCCCACACGGGGGCCCCCACAGGGGCCCACACGGGGGCCCCCACAGGGGCCCCCAUGGGGGCCCCCAUGGGGGCCCCCAUGGGGGCCCCUAGGGGGGCCCCUAUGGGGGGCCCCUUCAGAGGCCACCUGGGAGAACCCCAGGGGGCCCCCGUGGGGAGCCCCCCAGUGGGGGCCCCCAGGGGGCCCCCCGGGGUCCGCAGGGGCAACCUUGGGGGCCCCUGA